CUUUGUGUGUCAGCAUUUCGUUUCCUCGAACUACGGUCCGAGAUUUAAUAUAUAUAUAUAUAUUUAUAAUCGCAAAUAAAUAUGGUCUAAACUUUUUCUCGGGUUCAUAAAAAAAAGGAUAUAGCUGGUCAAAGAGAUAUAUAGAUACAGAGUUUGUGUACGUAUAUUUUGUAUCUGGUUUAGCGAUGGAUCACGCGGCGGAUGCUCACCGGACUGAUUUGAUGACAAUAACCAGGCACGUGCUGAAUGAGCAGACGAAGCACCCGGAAUCGCGUGGGGAUUUCACCAUCUUGCUCAGUCAUAUUGUUCUUGGCUGCAAAUUCGUCUGCUCUGCUGUUAACAAGGCUGGUUUGGCUAAGCUUAUAGGACUUGCUGGAGAGACUAAUGUUCAGGGUGAAGAGCAGAAGAAACUAGAUGUGCUCUCAAAUGAAGUAUUCAUCAAUGCUUUAGUCAGUAGCGGCCGAACUUGCAUUCUUGUAUCUGAAGAGGAUGAAGAGGCGACUUUCGUGGAACCCUCUAAGCGUGGAAAGUAUUGUGUUGUAUUCGACCCAUUGGAUGGAUCGUCCAAUAUCGACUGUGGUGUUUCUAUUGGAACUAUUUUCGGGAUUUAUUUGAUCAAAGAUGGAGAUGAACCGAAGCUGGAGGACGUUUUGCAGCCUGGGAAGAAUAUGUUAGCUGCUGGCUAUUGCAUGUAUGGAAGCUCUUGCACGUUUGUGUUGAGUACUGGAGGUGGAGUUAACGGGUUCACACUCGAUCCAUCUCUUGGAGAAUUCAUACUGACUCAUCCAGAUAUUAAGAUUCCGAAGAAAGGAAAGAUUUAUUCGGUUAAUGAAGGAAACGCCAAGAAUUGGGAUGGACCGACAGCAAAGUAUGUGGAAAAAUGCAAGUUUCCUACAGAUGGGUCAGCAUCCAAGUCUCUGAGAUACAUUGGAAGCAUGGUUGCUGAUGUUCAUCGCACGUUGCUCUAUGGAGGUGUCUUUUUGUACCCUGCUGAUAAGAAAAGCCCAAACGGAAAACUGAGGGUCCUCUACGAAGUCUUCCCAAUGUCGUUUUUGAUGGAACAAGCAGGUGGGCAAGCAUUUACUGGGAAGCAACGGGCACUUGAUUUGGUUCCUGAAAAGAUACACGACCGUUCCCCGAUAUUCCUUGGUAGUUAUGAUGACGUGGAGGAGAUCAAAGCAUUGUAUGCGGCUGAAGAGCAAAAAUAAUCAACUUGUAAAUUCUUCUUUUCCGAAACUUUUUCAGUUUCUUGAUUUUGCUAAUACUCUUUAGCAUAUAUUUUCAAGUCGAAAAGUUAUUGAUGAAAGGACGGGCUCCAAGUAUAAUUAAAUAAAAAUGCAUGCAUCUUAU